UGAGAACACGUCAUUUGGUCAGGUGGUCAUGUGACCACCUCAGCCCUGGCCCAUGCCUUAGUCGUUGCAUGGCGGAACCUGACAUCUAUGGUGACUUGUGCGCGGACCUUCCUCCUACCCCAGCGGUUGCCUCCGCACCUGCCUCAGCUGCCCCGGCGCCGCGCAGCGAAGCACCAGCGCCACGCAAGGCCUUCCGCGCCAGGAACUUGGUGUGGAAACCCCCAACAGAUGGGGUGAGCAAGGCGCUAGAAAAGUCGGAGCCUGGUAGUGGCACCAGUUGUGCUAGCGGGGCCAGCGGUACCAGUGCCAGUGGUAAUGGCCCCUGUGAUACGAAUAGCACCAGUCAGAAGGUAGAGGUGAUCGACCUCGAGUCACUUGAAGAAUUGCAGGUGUUAAACACCAGUUCCUUCACGGCACCUGCACCCUCCGCUGUCCCAUCUGCCGGUUCAACAUCUACAGCGAAGAGUCCAGAGAAGCCAACUGCGGAGUCUCCUGCAGCAACUUCUGGUAGUGGGUCCCAAGGCGCUCCGACCACUGGGGGCUCAACGGAGGGCUCAGAUGACAAAGAUGCCGCCAGCAGCAGCUUGCCAGGACAGGAUUACUCAGAAUUCAUUCCUGUGGAACGGUGUCGUGGAAGAAAUCUGGGGAAGAUUCCAGUUGAAACUGAGACCGAGGCAACCCAGGUCGCUUCCAAGGAUCCAGAUGAGCUCCAGGUGUUGAAUGCCAGUGCUGCCUCCAUGCCCGAUGGUCUGGACAUCUAUGGUGACCUGUGCUCCGAUCUCCCCCGCACCUCCGCUCAAGGCCUAGCAGCUGGCUCGCCAGGGAAGCCCUUCCGCCGGCCGCGCGCUAGGAAUUUGGUGUGGAAGGCUGAAAAUCCCAGCCGCCCCCCGAAGGAUCCGAAAGUGAAGGAUGACUCCAAGGCUCACCAGGUGCACGAAGUGGAGGAUGAUGUACAACUGGAUGCGGCUCCACUGCAGACGCAACAGCAGGAGGCAGCCUUGCAGAAAGUCUUGGCAGAGGAGGCUGCUCCUCAUCCUGUGCCAGCACCUGGAAGCCCCGUGUCCGAAGAAGUGGAGGAUAGUGACGACGAUGGUUCCGUACACCUGGGCGAAGUCUUGGCCUCGCAGACAGCUGCGCGAGCUCCCCCGGGCGGACCAGCCAACGCGGUACCAGGAAGCCACUGGACUACACCAGUGCCGGUGGUGCCCUGUGCCCAGCGACCACACGAAGGCUUCUUGUUGCUGGCGGGGGUACCUGGCUGGCUCACAGAUGCAGAGCUGCGAAAACACGCCAGCCAGUUUGGGCAGGUGCGAAACCUGCGCACCCUUUGUGACAGCAAGGGGAAGUCUGUGGGGAUUCUGCUGCUGGAGUAUUCAGACAUCCAGAGCGUCCGCAGGGCAACCGAGGCUGAUGGCAUUUGCCGAAUGCGCAUGCUACAGGGCUUUGGAAUCGUGCCCCGGGUUAUGUCAGUUAGCUCCGAGCUGCACGGGGCGCUGUGCCGCCCGGCCGGCGCCAACCUGGCACCCUGGCCCGAUGGCGGUGGCUGCGGGGAGGAGCUACGGCAGAAGCUGAUGGAUGCGUUUGGCGUGCAGCCAGUUGGUUCCAAAAAGCGUUCCAAGGCCGAGGAGGCAGCCAACCUGACUGAGGAGAUCAAAAAACUCAAAGGCGUGCCCUUGGCCAGCAUUCCAGCAAGGGAAGCGCCAAAAGAAUCCAAGGCCGGUGAGGAUUGGGCCAAGAAGUUGAAGACCAUGAAAGGAGCUGUACAUCCCGAACCGAAGGAGGAUGGUGCAGACUGGGCCAAAAAGCUCAAAACUUUGAAGGGUGCCGUGCACCCUUCUGCACCUCUCGCGCCUCCCGCGCCUCCCGUCGCGCCGGCGGUGUCGCUUGCGCCUGCAACGCCGGAGGCUUCGACCGUCUCUUGGGCGCAGAAGCUGAAGAAGCUCAAGGGUGCUGUGAACUCCCACAACGGCCGUGGCUGACGUCGACUGCGAGCCGUGGCGCUGCGACAACUGUUUCCAGCUUGGGAAAAA